AUGCGGCUCUACUCAAAGUUUCUUAAAGAUCUACUAACCAAGAAGGGCAAAUAUAUCAACAGUGAUAAUAUUGUGGUGGAGGGAAACUGCAGUGCUGUUAUCCAGAGAAUCCUGCCACCUAAAUACAAGGAUCCAAGGAGUGUCACAAUCCCUUGCUCAAUUGGUGUUGUGUCAGUUGGAAAAGCUCUUAUUGACUUAAGGGCCAACAUUAACUUGAUGCCUCUAUCCAUGUGUAGAAGGAUUGGAGAGCCGGAAAUCAUGCCAACAAGAAUGACUUUGCAGCUGGCAGAUCGGUCUAUUACAAGGCCUUACAGCAUGGUAGAAGAAAUUUUGGUCAAAGUGCGGCAAUUUACUUUCCCUGCAGCUUUCGUGAUCAUGGACAUUGAAGAGGAUGCCGAAAUCCCAUUGAUUUUAGGUCGUCCCUUCAUGUUAACAGCCAAUUGUGUGGUGGAUAUGGGGAAAGGUAACCUGGAAAUGAGUGUGGAUGACCAAAAGGUUAUGUUUAAUCUAUUUGAAGUCAUGAAGCACCCAAGUGACCAUAAGGCAUGUUUCAAAGUAGAGAAGGUAGAACAGAGGUAG